CACAGCUUUCAUUCAGUGAGAGGAUUGUUUUCUCAGCAUCUAUUGUGUACAGAAUGUGCGCGGCGGAUAAACUAAACAUUCAGUUUACUGAAACUCGGGCGAUUCAUCAACGAGUACAACACAGAAUCUCCUGCGCUGCCUCUGUGUGCCGAUCUCAAGGAAAGCCCUGCUCUGAUUGGCUGUCUGAAAGCGAGAGCGUGUGAGCACUGAGGGCUGAGAGGGAGGACAACGCUGACACUACUCUUCAAACCUCUUCACAGUUGAGAAGAUGGAGGCUGCAGAAUUUCGAAGGCGAGGGAAAGAGAUGGUGGAUUACAUAGCCGAUUAUUUAGAGAAUAUUGAGAAGAGGCAGGUGUUCCCUGAUGUGGAACCUGGAUAUUUGAGAUCGUUGAUUCCCGAGGAGGCCCCGGAGGAACCAGAUAGCUAUGAGGAUGUGGUCAAAGACAUUGAGAGGGUGAUCAUGCCAGGGGUGACUCACUGGCACAGUCCGUACUUUUAUGCGUACUUCCCAUGUGCCAACUCUUUUCCCGCAAUGCUGGCAGACAUGCUGUGUGGAGCCAUUGGCUGCAUUGGAUUCUCUUGGGCUGCGAGUCCAGCCUGUACAGAGUUGGAGACUGUGAUGUUGGACUGGCUGGGUAAGAUGCUGAAGCUACCAGAUGAUUUCCUUGCUGGCAAAGAGGGCAGAGGAGGAGGAGUCAUCCAGGGCAGUGCCAGUGAAGCCACGCUCAUAGCCCUUCUUGCAGCUCGCUCUAAAGUGAUCAAACUCAUCAAGGCUGACCAACCUGACCGAUCUGAGACAGACAUCAUAUCCAAACUGAUCGCCUACUCGUCUGACCAGGCUCACUCAUCAGUGGAGAGAGCAGGGCUGAUCGCCGGAGUGAGAAUGAAGAAAAUUCCCUCAGACAGUAAGUUUGCUGUGCGAGGAGAUGCCCUGCAAAGGGCUCUGCAAGAGGACAGAAGAGCAGGACUCAUACCAGUCUAUUUUUGUGCAACGUUGGGAACGACUAAUUCCUGUGCAUUCGACUGCAUCACAGAGUUGGGCCCUAUAUGUAGAGCAGAGAAUAUCUGGAUGCACAUUGAUGCCGCAUAUGCGGGCAGUGCAUUUAUCUGUCCAGAGUUCAGGUAUCUCUUGAACGGCAUCGAGUUUGCAGAUUCUUUCAACUUCAAUCCUCAUAAAUGGCUCCUGGUCAACUUUGAUUGCUCUGCAAUGUGGGUAAAGAAUAGAUCAGACAUUAUCGGAGCCUUUAUGAUUGAGCCACUUUACCUGAAGCAUGAUCAUCAAGAGUCAGGACUCGUCACAGAUUAUAGACACUGGCAGAUUCCAUUGGGUCGUAGAUUUCGCUCGCUGAAGAUCUGGUUUGUGUUCCGCAUGUAUGGACUCAAAGGUCUGCAGGCUUACAUCCGCAAGCAUGUAGUGCUGGCCAAAGAGUUUGAGUGUUUGGUGAGAGCUGAUCAGCGCUUUGAGAUUUGUGCUGAUGUUCUGCUGGGUCUCGUAUGCUUUAGACUCAAGGGCACCAACAAUUUAAAUGAAACACUGUUGAAGCGGAUCAACAGCACACGAAAGAUUCAUCUGGUACCAUGCCAGCUGGCGGAGAAGUUUGUGCUGCGUUUCGCAAUCUGUGCCCGAACCACUGAGUCACGGCACGUUCAUGAGGCCUGGUGCCACAUCAGCCAACUGGCAUCAGAGCUGCUGCAGGAACUGCCCCACUGACCAUCAUGUGUUGAGUUUGGACCACUCCUAUGAUAGAUCGUAUGAUCUAAAUUUCUUGAAAGCAACCUGUUUGUGUGUGUGUGUGUGUGUGUAUGUGUGUGCGUGUAUGUUUGUGUGUUGUAUUACAUUUCUUAUUUCCUUUUCCUUAUUAUUCUUUACUCUUUACUUAGUCUACUAUUUUUCUAUAUACGUAUGUAGUUCAUUAGUCACUAGUUUCUGUCUAGUUAUUAUAUUCUACUUUUUUAAUGCUAUACAUUAAGUUGGAUGCUGCAUUUGUAUUGACUUCACAAGUGGAUAUGAGUCUGCUGUGGCUUCACUCUCAAGCUUCUUAAUAAUGUCAUGAGACAAUGUUGUAAAGAAGUAAUUUUCCACUGUCUGUAUUGGUAUAAUAACAAGAAUGAGCGAUGGAAGUUUAGACAUUUUAGAUGGAGUUUGAAUGAGCAUCUUAACAUAACUAUGAUUUUCUAUCCAUAGCAAACUUUGCUCAUUUUAUCACAUCAUCUCUUCAUCUCCUGCCUGCUGUUCCUUUCUCUAACAGACUUUUAAGUCUGCAAGAUAGUUAGAUCUACCCAUUUUGGCAUCAGGAGUCAAGACAGCAUGGAACAGCACUACUGUAUCAUUUUAAAUUGAUAGCAUAAUUGAUCAGAUCUAUCACAAGUUUGCAGCACUGUAAAAGUUUCAAUCUGCUAUGAUUCCUUCUCUUAUUUAUUGUUAGUGCGUUUAUGUGUGUGUGGCUAUCCCUGUAUUUGUGAGCUUGUGUUACCAAGCCUUUUCCAAAAACUGUACUGUUGUGUUCUUCACUUAAAAAUGUGUCAAAAAAUUUUGUUUGUAAGACAUAUAAUAUAUCAGAAUUUCUAUCUAUUGGAAAAAAAAGUUUACAGUUGGCUUUAUCAGAGCAAUUAUUUUCAUUUUCUUGAAUCACUUUAUUUCUGAAAAUCCAAAUCAGCCUUAUAUCUUUUUUCUUUUUCUUAAAACAAUGUACUUGACUCACUGCAUGUUCUGUGACAAGACACCUAUCCAAUCCUCUUUGAUAUACAGUUCUUGUGCCUCACCAGUAAAGACUUUUUCUCUGGUACAAAUUCAACAUUAGUAGUACUAUAUGGGUGUAUCAACAUUCUGAAUAAAUCGUGGUUCGCUCAGAAUGUUUGUCUCAUGUGUGUUGAGCAUGAUGUUAGACUUCAGUCUCACUAUGACUGAUUCCUAGACUACACAUGAAACAACCACACCCUUACUGUCGGACAAAUGAGACCCUGUAUUCACUCAAAAGAAACAGCAGUUUAAGGAUUUUCUGUAAGGUCCUAAUCCAGGUCUAGUGACGAAUCGUUCACUAAUUAUUAUUGUAUUAUCUUUCACACAGUA